GCCCCCACAGUUCUUAUCAUUAAGAAAAAAUUAACACUUUGUUUGUUUGUUUUUGGGUCGCAACUUUUUUUUUUAUUGUCUCUUUUCAGAAUCUCAUUCCAAUUGGCGUUUCAUCCUCUAAAGUUUGACCCUUUGAGAUUUCCUUUUUCUCAAAUUAAGCAGAAAGUUUCAUCUUUGGCUUCACUUGGUGAAGGUGGUGUUUGGAAUCUUGGAAAAUGGGUUUGAUUUCUGGGAUUUUUAUGGGGAUGUUAUUUGGCAUCGCAUUGAUGGCAGGAUGGGAGCGCAUGAUGAGGUAUCGAAGCGCCAAGCGAGUUGCGAAGGCAGCUGACAUUAAAAUCCUUGGAUCCCUUAAUAGAGAUGAUUUAAAGAAAAUUUGUGGGGAUAAUGUUCCUGAAUGGAUAUCUUUUCCUGUAUAUGAGCAGGUGAAGUGGCUAAACAAGCAGCUUACCAAACUUUGGCCAUUUGUGGCAGAAGCAGCAACUAUGGUGAUCAGAGAAUCUGUUGAACCACUACUGGAAGAAUACAGACCUCCUGGGAUUACUUCAUUGAAAUUCAGCAAGCUGUCACUUGGAAAUGUGGCUCCAAAAAUUGAAGGUAUUCGUGUUCAGAGUCUUAAUAAAGGUCAAAUCAUAAUGGACAUUGAUUUCCGUUGGGGUGGUGAUCCCAGUAUUAUUUUGGCUGUUGAAGCUGCACUUGUUGCAUCGAUCCCUAUUCAGUUGAAGGAUCUAGAAGUUUUCACCAUUAUCCGUGUUAUAUUCCAACUUGCUGAAGAGAUACCUUGCAUUUCUGCUGUUGCUGUUGCUCUACUUGCUGAGCCAAAGCCCAGAAUUGAUUAUACUCUGAAAGCUGUUGGUGGAAGUUUGACAGCAAUUCCCGGAAUUUCUGAUAUGAUUGAUGAUACUGUGAACUCAAUUGUUACUGAUACGCUCCAAUGGCCUCAUAGGAUUGUUGUUCCACUUGGCGGUAUACCAGUUGAUACUAGUGAACUGGAGCUUAAACCCCAUGGAAGGCUUAAAGUGACUGUAGUGAAAGCAAAUGAUUUAAAGAAUAUGGAAAUGAUUGGAAAGUCAGAUCCUUAUGUAGUUGUGUAUAUUAGACCAUUAUUUAAGGUUAAAACCAAGGUUAUUGAUAACAACUUGAAUCCUAUUUGGAAUCAGACAUUUGAAAUGAUUGCAGAAGACAAGGAGACCCAGUCACUCACUCUUGAGGUUUUUGAUGAAGACAUUGGACAAGAUAAGCGAUUGGGAAUAGUACAAUUACCCCUUAUUGACCUGGAAGCACAAACUGAAAAGGAGCUCGAAUUGAGGCUGCUGUCAUCACUUGAUACACUGAAGGUGAAAGAUAAGAAGGAUCGAGGAACCUUGACUAUAAAGGUCUUUUAUUACCAGUUUAACAAGGAGGAGCAAUUGGCAGCACUAGAAGAAGAGAAAAAGACACUAGAAGAAAGGAAGAAACUGAGAGCGGAGGGAGUGAUAGGAAGCACAAUGGAAGCACUGGAUGGAGCAGUAUCAGUGGUAGGGUCUGGUGUUGGAAUGGUUGGUACUGGUGUUGUUGCUGGUGCUGGACUUGUGGGAAGUGGCGUUGGUGCUGGAGCUGGACUUGUUGGCAGUGGCAUUGGUGCUGGAGUUGGUAUUGUUGGUAGUGGUUUUGGAGCCUUUGGUAGUGGACUGACCAAAGCAGGAAAGUUCAUGGGAAGGACAAUCACAGGUCAAGGUGCUUCUAGAAGGAGUGGUUCUUCUACUCCUGUUACUAAUGCUCAGGAGACUGGUGGAGGUGCAAAGCCUCUCUAGUUCCUUGCUGCAAGAGUAAUGAAUGGACCUUUUGCAGGUUCAAGCUUUGAUUAUAGAGAUUUUACCUUUGUUGCUUCUUCUUUUUUUUCAUAAUGUUUUUUCUCCAAGGCUGGUAAUAGACUAGAUUGAAAAAUGAUAGCUGAAAUGUCAAUUAUGUUUAGUUGUAUCAUCUUUUAUCUGUAUAUUUGACUUGAAUUUGUAAU